UUCAUGUUGGCUGCUCUGGUUUGGUUUAGGGUUGAGCUAACUGUUCCUUUUUUAAAUCUCAACCUCGGUUUCUUUUUGACUGUCAAUGGCGUGGCUGUACUAAAGUCACACCAUACUAUUUAAACGACCUGUCUGGAUCGGUUGCUUCCCAGUUUUGUUGUUGUUUAUUCUGCCUGGUUUGACUCGGCUGGCUUCCCGUUGGGAGGAGGAGGUGUUUGGGUGGGGUCACCCGGGGUGAGGGUCCGAUCCCAGCUGAACCGAUGAGCGGGGAAGAAACGACAGAGAGCUUUUUGAGGAGAAACAUCCAGACGACCUGCGCAGCUCCACGUGCGUCUCUGCCCGAGGAGACUGUCAUCAGAGGGUUAGCAGCUGUUUGAUUUGUGGUGCCAUUACAGCACACUUCACCCAGAACCACCAACCCUCAGUGAGUUCCUCACACACCUCCUCACACACCUCCUCACAGCUCAAAUCGGUGUUUGAACAUGACAGGUCAGACUGUGGGAGCCAUCGCCCAGGAGCUGUCAGUGCCCUCGCUGAUAGCUGUGGAGGUACUGGAGUCCAGGCCUCGUGGAAACGCCUUGUCCUUCACUGAUGAGGCUGUCUCCAUCCUAACCUCCACAAGCCAGCUGGCCCAAACCCUCAUGAGUCACACCUUCACCCUCAAACACAAAGAUAGCCUCACCAGCACCGAAGCAAAGGCUGGCAGCAGCUGCGAUGAAGACAACGGCAACAAUGCACGCCGCAAACGGGAGUUCAUCUCUAACGAGAAGAAAGAUGAUGGCUAUUGGGACAAGAGGAAAAAAAACAACGAGGCUGCCAAACGGUCCAGAGAGAAGCGGCGAGCCACUGACAUGGUGCUGGAGAGGCGAGUGCUGGGCCUGCUGGAGGAGAACGCCCACCUGAGGGCCGAGGUGUUGGCCCUAAAGUUUCGCUUCGGCCUGCUCAAGGACCCGUCUGAUGUUUCCAUCCUGCCACUAUCUGCACAGUUCUGUGCUCACCCAACACCCAGUAAGACACAUCUCUACCAGCCUCACACUGAUGGAUCCUCAAACCCCAACACACCGCCCAGCACCCACCACGUCCACCCUCAGCCUCCACAGCAGGGUACCAUCUAUGGAUCGAGGGGGGCCGGGCAUAUGUCAAGUCAUAGUGUAUCCGAGGAAUCCAGUGUCUCCACCUCUUGUGGCUCAAAUAUGGGCAGCCCUGUGAUUUUUGAGGACACACUGAGUGAGCGUGGCGGGCCUUCUCCGAGGGAGCUAGUGAAGGAGCAGCAGGGCUACGAGUUCCACACCUGUCCCCUGGAGGUCAACGAAAGUCAAUAUGUAAACAGACAAAACUCACCCGAGGCUUUGAGGAGCCUCCCGCACAAACUUCGCUUCAAAAGUCCCGCAGGCUGCAGCGAUGGAGGGGAGAUGUCUCCAUCCUCUAAUAGCAAACUCCGUGGACCUCCUGUAGCCACAGUGUGGCCAAACAUCCAGGUGAGGAACCAGCAGCAGGCGGGUUGGGACAGUCGGACAGAGAGUCAGGCUCUUUGGUCCAGGGAUGACGCCUGUGGUGGACUUGGGAGGCAGAACUCCAGUCACACCAAGCAUUCGACAGAGGACGACAGUCUCAGGUCUGAGAUCAGCUGUUUGUCUCAGGAAGUGGCUCAGCUCAAGAGGCUCUUCUCUCAACAGCUGCUCACCAAGAUCGCUUAAAGCCUGAGCACAAGGACUUAUGUUUAUAGACAGAUUUCACACUACAUCAUCAGGACAGCAUGGCCCCAGUGAUAACAGCUAUCUCUGAAGUGACAAACCUUAUUUGCAAAACCUGUUUCACUGGAAAAACUUAGUUUAGGAGCUUGUUUUUUUCUGUGAUGGUCAACAGACCACUACCAGCAUAUUUACCUUUUUAGAAUAAUGCUUAAUGAAUGCAAAAGUGAUUUCUGUGUGAGUCAUCUACGAAAGAUAGAUGGGAAAAACAUUCGGGUGAUUCAUUUUCUAAAAUAGUGUUUAUGACUUAAGAGCGGGUGGAAAAAGGUUCAUAUUGUGUGUUAACUUGCUUGAUGGGAAAACAGCAAAAAUAUCAACUGACAAAACUUAUUUUUUUCCACCACUUUUCACAGAGGAAAAAACUUAGAAGAAUUAUCCUAGCAGCAGCCUUGUUCACCUGUUAUUAAGUCAUAAACACAGAAGAGAAAACAAUUAAUAUCAAACUUAAACAGUAAAUAACCAGAUUUCUUCUCUCAGAGCGUCCGUCGUCACCACAUGUACUUUGAUCGUGUUGAUUUUCUGAGAUUUGGAGAACUCGGUACAUUUCUGGAUACUUGACUGAGCAGGUCUGUCAGAAACACUGGACAUGAACAUGUAUACGACUCAAAGCACAUGUUGAGUUAUGUUGAGUGUUUUUGUGAUCUUUAUAUUUUUUUACUCUAUCUGAUUUAUCUUAUGACCGAAAGGUACAUACAACUGUAUAUUUCAUCAUUGUUAUUGAAGUGAAAUGUACUUGGAAAUAUAAGAUUAUUUAAUAAAAAUGACUGGUGAAUCUUUCCUGACAGUA